CUGCUAGAGGGAGGAGGCAGAGUAGGAACGUAUAAAAGCGGGGAGAAGACUGUAGUCACACACAGAGCACAAACUGUACUGCACAUCCAGCAAGAAAACUGUGAAUCCCUGUGAACAUAGAUCAAACUUUUGGAACGUUGUCCUAACAGGGCUGCGAUGGAUUCAGAGAAGAAGACUCAGACAACAUCAGAGCAGAUGACUGACAGGGAUCUGUCAGAACAAAUCAAAAAGGUGACAAAGGAUAGUCACGUCAGGGCAGAAAACACAGAACUGAUGCUGAGCUUCCAGAAGGGAAAGGUCACCCUGCCACAGUACAAGCUCCUUCUGUGCUCGCUGUAUGAGGUCUACCAGGCCUUGGAGGAAGAGAUGGACAGGAACUCCAACCACCCCAGUGUUGCACCCAUUUACUUCCCGAGUGAACUGGCCAGACUGGAGGCCAUCAAGAAAGACCUGGAAUACUUCUAUGGCCAGGACUGGAGAGAGAAGAUUGUUGUCCCUGCAGCCACUAAAAGAUACUGCCACAGACUCAGACAAAUUGGUAAAGAAAACCCAGAAUUUUUGGUUGCCCAUGCUUACACUAGGUACCUAGGUGACCUGUCUGGAGGGCAGGUACUGGGUCGAAUUGCCCAGAAGUCCAUGGGGCUAAAGGGCAGUGAAGGUUUGUCAUUCUUCGCCUUCCCCGGUGUGUCCAGCCCCAACCUGUUCAAACAGCUGUAUCGCAGCCGGAUGAACAGCGUGGAGCUGACGGAAGAGGAGAGGAAUGGCGUGCUGGAGGAGGCUGUCAGAGCGUUUGAAUUAAACAUUCAGGUCUUUGACGGUUUGCAGAUGUUGCUGAGUGUCACUGAAAACGAGCCGCAGACAUGUUCAACACACUCCACAUCAGUAAAUACACGCCAGAUCCCCAAAGCCAUCAUCAAAACUACCCCACUGCUCAGGAUGGUGCUCGGACUUUUUGUGGCUCUGGUCACAGUCAGUAUGGGAAUCUAUGCUUUUUAGUGAAGAUACAC